UUACAGGAGUUAUCGUAUAUAAAUAGAACGACUUACAAUCGAAUGCAUAUAGUAACGAAAAACGAAACACUGCAAGCGAAUUUUUAUUCAACAAUCAAACUUUUAACAACGCAAUUAAGACAAAUUUUAUAAAGAUGUCUCUCGUACCAAUGGUUUUCCGUGACUUUUGGAGUGAAUUAGAUCGAUUGCGAUCAUCGCGAUUCAAUCGAGAUUGGGAUGUUGAUAAUCUUGUAACACCAUUUAAUCGUUUAUAUCGUCCACCAUCUUGGGUAAAUGAAUUGUCACACUGGGACAGUGGAGCAACAAUAACCAACGACAAAGACGCAUUUAAAGUAAAUAUCGAUGUCCAACAAUUCACCCCACAAGAAAUCACUGUAAAAACAGUUGAUAACAACACAAUUGUUGUGGAAGGCAAACAUGAAGAAAAGCGUGACGAACAUGGUUUUGUAUCCAGACAAUUUACACGACGUUACGUGUUACCUGAUGGUCAUGAUGUCAACAAUAUUGUAUCGACACUUUCAUCUGAUGGUGUUUUAACAGUCACGGCACCAAAAUUACCAGAAAUCCAAAGUAACGAACGUGUUAUUCCAAUCACACAAACUGGAACAGCGGCGAAAGUCGUUGAAAAGAAGGCUGAAGAAUAAAUUUUUUUAUUAAAUAAUUUUGAAACAUACUAUUUUUUACCUG